AAUUGAAAGUUGUCUGCUGCAUGUGUUAACGGAAGCUCACACGUGGUGUUUAAAGUCAAAUUAUUAUUGUUAGUGUAGAACUUCGACCACGACCAUAUUCCUGAGUCCCCAAGAUGAAGGAAGUACCAAGAAAAAAACUGAAAAAAAGUAAUGAAAGUAGAGACGUAAAUAAUGAAGAAAACAACGAAGAAAGUAACGAGGGAAAUAACGAAGAAAGCAACGAUGAAAACCAGGUUGAAAAUCAGGAUGAAAAUCAGGCUGAAAUCCUGGAUGAAAACCAGGAUGAAAACCAGGAUGAAAACCAAGAUGAAAACAAGAAAAAGCAAUUUGAAAUAACACCAGAUAUGAUGAUUUGGAAAGCCAUGUUCCUUCCAGAUGAAAUUGUCAGAGCUGUUUGGGAGCUUGGUUUUAAAAAUCCUACUGCCAUCCAGCUUGCCUGUUUACCAGCAGCAAUGAAAGGCAGAAAAGAUGUUGUAGGGGCUGCCGAAACAGGAUCAGGAAAAACAUUGGCAUUUGGUAUUCCUAUACUUAAUGGCAUCCUAAAAGAUAAACAGUUUGAACUGAAAAAAAUGAAACAGAAAGAAGAAGCUGAUGACAUGACAGAAAGUGAUGAUGAAAGUGAAAAUGAUGAAGAAGAACACAAUGCUGAUAAAAAAGAAGUGUUCGGUGAUGAAGAUCUGGCUGGUAACACCGAAGAAAUAGGAGAAAUGGAGGAUUUCGGAGGAGGAAUUGGGUGUGUAAGAGUAAUUGAUGUAGCAAAGCUAAGCUCUCAGAAAACCAAAGCAGUCAAAGGACAAAAGAAAUUGCGUGCUUUGAUCAUUACACCCACAAGGGAACUGGCCGUUCAGAUUGAGAAGCAUUUAAAAGCUGUUGCAAAGUACACUGACAUAACAAUUUGCCUCGUUAUUGGCGGCAUGGCAGCUCCUAAACAAGAGCGGAUUUUAAACAAAGGACCUGACAUUGUGAUUGGAACUCCUGGUCGACUAUGGGAAAUGAUUGAGGGGGGUAAUUCGCAUUUGUCCCAAGUCAACGAUAUUCGGUAUCUUGCCUUGGACGAAACUGAUCGUCUUUUAGAAAAAGGCCAUUUUGCCGAAGUUCGUACUUUACUGGAACACAUAAACAAAGACGAAUCAAAGAAACGUUGGAGACAAAAUUUUGUUUUUUCUGCGACAUUGACGUUAACACAUGACUUACCUACCCGAUUGGGUAACAUCAAAUCUAGGAAAAAGAAAGAAGCUGUAAAACUUGAUAAGCUGCUUAGUUUGGUUGGGGUCCGUCCUAAAGCCAAAGUAGUUGACCUAACGACUCAAGUCAGAUCGCUUAAACCCGCGUCGCUGUCAGAAAUGAAGGUGUUUUCUGCAACCGUUGAAGACAAGGAUUAUUACCUUUACUACUUCUUGCGACAUAACCAGGGUCGUACAUUGGUGUUUUGCAAUUCAAUUAAUAACGUUCGCCGACUCACAUCAGUGUUUACCCUGCUUGAAACGAAUCCCCUUCCAUUGCAUGCGCAAAUGCAUCAGAAACAAAGACUCAAGCAUCUGGAGCGCUUUUCGAGUUUAGACAACGCACUGUUGAUUGCCACAGACGUCGCGGCGAGAGGACUUGACAUUCCUCAUGUGCAACAUGUAGUCCACUUUCAAGUCCCACGAACAUCGGAAAACUAUGUUCAUCGUAGUGGACGUACCGCUCGAGCUUCUCGCGAAGGAUUAAGUUUGAUUCUCAUUGAACCUGAAGAAGCCACGUUAUAUCGCAAGAUUUGUGUCAACUUGAAGAAAGACAAGAUGGAUCUUCCCGAUUACGACGUUGAUAUGCGAUUAUUUUCUGCUAUCAAGCAGCGGGUAAAUCUUGCAAAGGCUAUCGAGUCAUUGGAACACAGAACCAAACGAGAAAGGUCAGAUAAAAACUGGAUGAAGCAAAUGGCUGAAGAGGCGGAUUUAUUAGUUAGCGAAAGUGAUGAAGAUUCUGACAGUGGUAGUGCAGCACAAAACCAUUCCCAGCUGAUUACCGAACUGAAGACGAAACGCAAAGAACUGAGUCAACUUCUCGCAAGACCGUUAAAACGCACAGCCAACUAACUGCUGUAACGUUAAUACAUGUUGCUACCUUCCAAUGUUCGCAAUUGACACAAAUAAUAAUAAUAAAAUAAUUAAAUCUU